GUUGAGGACUUCAAGCGACGUCGUCAGACUGAACUGAAGCACGGCCGUAUCUCGAUGUUGGCCACAAUGGGAUACAUUACGCCGGAGAUCACUGGAAAGUUGCCAGGAUACCUUUCGCCAUCAGCAGGCCUGAAGUUUGCCGACGUGCCCAACGGACUUGCGGCCAUUUCCAAGGUGCCUGCAGCAGGUUGGGGACAGAUCUUGGCCUACAUGGCAUUCUGCGAGGUUUCCCAGGAUCAGUCUCCUGGCACACCUGCUGCUGCGGGAGACUUUGGCUUCAAGGUCUUGACUUCAUCUGAUCCUGCAGAGAAGACUAAAAAAACUCUCAGCCGAGCUGGCAAACGGCCGACUUGCAAUGAUGGCGAUCAUCGGAAUGUUUUUCCAGGAUGGCUUGACCGGCAGUGCCUGGGGAGACUGGGCCAACUACACCGCAUCUCCUUUGCGAGCAUUCGAGAAUGAGUUGGGAGUGCAAGAGCCAGUUGGGUUUUGGGAUCCGGCCGGCUUCACGGCGGAUGGCAGCGUUGAGGACUUCAAGCGACGUCGUCAG